GCACUCUGACUGCAAGCUCUUUGGUGUGAGAGAUGAAAUCUUGCUGUGAGCAGGAGCAUCCAGUCUGCACUGCGUGUGAAAGAGCCUCUGCCUGGCAGGUUCAGGAACAAUGCCUUUGCAAGCCAAGAGCCCACCUGGAGGAGGCAGCCUGGGAUCUCCAAUGAAAUGAAACUUGAUGCUUUUGAGCAAAGACACACCUCUUUCAGGGUGGUGUUGUGCAAAUUUCUCUAUUUUAAUCCUAGGGACAGGAAACAUGAAAUGGGACAGCCAGGAUCCAAAGUGAAGCUCUCCCAUAGCCUGAAGUUUGUCAGCACAUGAUAAAAAGAGAAUCAGAGGCUUGCAAUGGAGCCCUUGUCACAAAUAUCCUGGAUUGUCAGGAGCUUGGACAUUUGAGGAAGUUGCUGCUUCACUACACAAACAGUUGGUGUGGGGUUUUUUUUUGGGGGGGGGGGUUGUUGUUUUGUUGUUUGUUUGUUUUUCCAAAACAGCAUUGACAUUACUCCUUCUGUCUGGAACAGCUUUACAAGACUUUUGUUUUUCCGUUUUUGCUUCUCAUGCUUUAUUAUUUCCUGACUCUCUAGUGGGAUGGGUUUCUUUCAAAAGCUUCUGAUUCCUUCAGUAGCAUUGGUCCUGGCUGUCUGUUUUUAUUCAAGAAAGGAAGACUUUAAACCUGAAAUGCUGAAAGGGAAAUAUGUGAUUGUUACUGGGGCAAGCACUGGAAUCGGCGAGCAGAUGGCAUACCACCUGGCGCGCAUGGGCUCCCACAUACUGAUCACUGCACGGACGGAAGCCAAGCUGCAAAAAGUAGUCUCUCGGUGCUUGGAACUGGGGGCAGCCUCUGCCAGGUAUGUGAAUGGCAGCAUGGAAGACAUAAUAUUUGCUCAGUUAGUAGUGAAGAAAGCAGAGGAAUUAUGGGGAAACCUAGAUAUGCUUAUUCUGAAUCAUGUUGGCAGUUCCUACUUCAAAUUUUUUGACAGUGAUGUUGGGCAUGUGCAAAAACUCCUGAACAUCAAUUUUCUAAGCUAUGUGAGCAUGACAGUAGCAGCUCUUCCCAUGUUGAAGAAAAGUGGAGGGAGCAUUGUAGUAGUUUCAUCUAUGGCAGGGAAAGUUGGCUUUCCAUUUACUGUUCCGUAUUCUGCAACUAAGUUUGCCUUGGAUGGAUUUUUCAGCUCCUUGAGGCAGGAAUUUGUCAUGCAAAACACCAAUGUUUCCAUCACGCUCUGUAUCCUUGGACUCAUCGACACAGAAAGUGCAAUGAAAGCCAUUUCUGGCGUUUUUACAUCUCCAGCAGCACCAAAGGAAGAAUGUGCACUAGAAAUUAUUAAAGGUGGAGCCUUGCGUCAACGGGAGGUUUAUUAUGAAUAUACAUCUACAAAGAUCCCUCUAUUAAUCAGAGAAUGGGCUCCAGAUCUUUUGGAUUAUCUCAUCAGGAGGAGCUAUAAUAUGGAAAAACUGAAAGAAGAUUAACUGAAGUUUUAUGGUUAUUUUGCUUGUCCUUCCAUUUCUCAUGUUCUGUUAUGUAUACUUAUAGCGUUGCACCUACAUCCCUUUUCAGGCUUAGGCUAUUAUUUAGCUUGAAGAGAUGAAAUUCUUCAUUAUGGUUCUCCUCAAAAGGACUAAUUUCAGCAAUUUUCUUCCCAUUAUGAGAAAGUCUUCAAAACCCAUGCAGUUUUUGAAUGCUAUUUUCAAUUUGGGGUCUACUCUAUUGAAAUGUUGCAGGUGUUUGUAGCCAAAAAAGCACUUUCUGUGCAGAAAAUAACAUGUUCUGCACAGAAGAUAAUAUUUCAUCAUAGAAAUGUUCAUUCUUGCACAGAUUUUUUUAAAAAAAAAAUCACAAUAAGUUACAUCAUUUUCUGUGCAAAAAAGAAGGUUUUUUUAGGAAUUUGUUUAUGUAUGGAAAUAAUUUUUUUGGUAUGCAAAAAUACUAUUUUGUUUACAAAACAGCCACAGGAAUUUUUUUCACUAAUGUCCCAAACUGCAAAGAUAGUCUCCAAUUCAGAAUUCCUCUUCUCAGAAUUCUCAGACCCUAAAAAAUACCUUCUUUAUAAUUUUUCUAAUUUCCCCCCAUUCCUCCUAGCUAGUAUGAUGAAGGAUUCUGUGAAUGCUGGGAUACUCUCGACCAUUACAUCCUAGAUUUUCAGACUGCAUACCUUAACUUUGAAAUAAGGUAUAAAACAUGAAUAGUAACUAAUGAAGUGCCUUAUGUUCACAAAAUAGGUUUGGGCUGUUUUCAGACUCCUUCCAUCAAAGGGUUCUGAGCAAGAUGUUUUACAGCAGAUCGAAGUAUGAAAGAGAAAGUCAAUGUGAAAAGAAGUUAUAAUGGAACAGUCCCUGCUAAGCCAUUGUCUCUCUUCUUUAUGCAGAUAUUCAUGAAUAGGUACAAACCAUAAUUUCUCAUUGAUAGUAAAUCAAUGCAAGCAGCAUGAUGCAGUUACAAAGACAGAGAAAAAUUAGAAUAUUAACAUGAAAGUUUACCCACACUGAAGUUUUAAAAUUUUCAUUUUAUAUUUGUUUUUAAAAGGUUGUAUCUUAUGGUUUCUUUCCAGAUUAAAAUGUAUAGUUGUCAUAUUUAAUAUAUUAGUGCUUAGCAUGUAAACAACUACUGAACCAUAUAAGGUCAACAAGAUCCAUAAUUGAAAAUAUUGUAGCUUUAAAAAACAUUCAGGUUAUAUGAUUUAGAAGAUGAUUUAUGAGAAAUUUCUUCCAAGUUAAUUUCAGUUCCCACCACCUAUAAUAGGUGGAAUGAGAUCCUGAAUUACUCUUCACUGCCUCAUAUUACAAUAUUCAGAAUGUUCCCUCGCCAAGAACAUGGCAUAAUUGUUUCAUGUUUAAAUUUAUAAUUAAAGGUAUAAUAUAGAAUUGACUGCAUAAGCAACAUACUUGUAUAAGCCUUUUCAAAAGAUGUUUUUGUGCAAACAAUGGCUCCCCCUCCUGGCAAAUGAAAUUCACAGGCUGUAUAUGCCAGUGAGCUGAAACUGGAGCCAGGCACCUUUCAAGCUACGCAGUCUUCUAUUGAAUUGCAUCAGAAUACCCUAAUGUUUUUUAAAAAGUUGUAUAAUGUUCUUGUACAAUCUCUUGGUGUUUCAUGUCAAGAUGAGAUAGCAAGUUGGACAACAUGAAAAUCUGCCUUUUAAUAUCAGAAAUUAUUAUGUGUUCUAAUGGCCUGGGAUAUUUAAGCUUUCUUCUCUGACUAUUGCAGUGACCUGGUAUUACUGUAUAUAAUAAUAAUAAUUAUUUAUUUA